UAUUUAUUUAUUUUUACUGUUGGCUUGAUUUUUACAGCUUUUUAUUUAUUUAAUUUGCCAUCUAGCGGUGAGCAUCAAUAUUAUUUUAUUAUAAACAAUGGCUGCUCACGAUUGGGUGUGAAGCUUUGUCCAGAAGAGAAACAUCAGGGCAAGCAAAAAAAUGGCAGCCCAAAUCGAUAAGGGGGUUGUCGAUGGUAGGGCUUCGAGAUGCGAUCCCGAUGAAACAAAUCCAACCCCCAAAGUGAUAAACAACCAUUGCAUUAAGCAGACCAUUAGAAAAAUCAAGCCCAUCCCACCUCCUCUAGAUUUAAGCAAACGGGGACCAUUAGAUUUAACAAGCUCAGAAAGUGUUAGUGAUUUUACUAGCUUUUCUGCCAGCCCAAGAAGUCCUGCAAGCUCAAAUCAAAAGCAUUUGCCAUUUCGUAAAAGAGCAUUUAGUUGGACUACAUUUCAUGACGAAGCUGGUUGCAAUUCUCUUAGUCCUGGUCCGUCAUCAGCGAUUAUGCAAAGAAGCACAUAUUAUGGGUUCAUACCCACCAGCCCACAUAUAAGCCGUUUGUCUGUCAUUAAACAAGAAUCAAUCGAUCAGCCUGAUGUAUUUGGUGACUACUACUUGAGCUCAAAUGUGGAAGGAAAAGAAGUCCAAGAAAGUGUAGCAAUUGGAAAAUCUUCCAAAGAAAAACCUUGUGUCUAUUCUGAAGCAAAGACAGUGAUCACUUAUCCUGCACCUCAAAGUCCUGCCUUUCCUACUCCUGCCACUCCAAGCCCACUAUCUCCCAUGAACUUUCCUCCCACCUCAACUUUCUUCCCUCCACAUUUUCAUCCAAAACUUUCUUCCUACUCUUGGUCAGGAUCAUUGCUCAGCCCUGCACCAUCUUUGCAUAGCAGCAGUCAAGAAGAACUAGCUCAGUGUCGUUCGUGGAAACUGGAGGAAAAUGAAAUGGAGGAAGAAUCAUCUGAUAAUGUUGCUGCUAGCAGAGAGGAGUCAGAUGCGUUCCAUGGUGGAGCUCUUUCCAGAGAGGACUAUGUACACAGCGAGCCUCAACCCGGAACAUCUGAGCUGUGCGAACGCCUUCAACGGUUUGACUUCGUCAUGCCACCAGCUGUACCCAAGAGUACUGAAAAACGUUAUCAAGUGACUAAUGAGGAGACCUCUUCAAGCUUGGCUCCUUCUCCUGCUAAACGCCCAAUGAAUGGUUUCAUGCUUUUCGCUCAAAAAUAUCGCCUCCAGCUCAUCCAACAGUUCCCAGGUCGUGAUAAUAGGGCCAUCAGUGUAAUGCUUGGCGAUGCUUGGAAACGUUUAAAUCCAGGAGAGAAAGAAGUUUAUACCGCAGAGGCACAUUUGAGAGCGGAAGAGUAUCGUCGCUUGUUUCCCGAUUGCUGGAAGCGUAAGCGUUCCAAAUCCACAAGCUAGGCAAUCUUUCCUUUCAUCAUCUUUAUACUUCAUUUUCACUGUUUCGAAUUGUGGGUUGUGGGAUCAGAUUUCGGCGAGGUGAUCAUUUCGCAGAUUUUUGCGUCUGAUUCAGCUCUUACGCGGACUUAAAAUGCAGACAUUUUAGUUUUGAUCAGGCACGACUAAGAAUAUUUUUAAGAGAAAACUUUUUCCUUUCUGUUGAAUGGCUUUGAUGUUGCAUGUAUAUAUUUGGUAAACAAAAAAUUUAGAAAAAAGGGGAUUCAGAAGCUAUUACGUUGUCCCGUUGGAAUCAACUGCAGCUUAGCUCGCAGAUCAGGCAUUUGGGAUUUGUUAAGUUUAAAGAGUUGGAACCGUAAUAACCUUCGUAGGUUACGGGAACUUUUUUUUUGAGAGGGGGGGAGAGGACAAGGAACUGUGCUGGACGGGCGAUUUCUGCAAGAUCACAACAAUAGUUUUUUUUUGCGAUUCCUGUCAUUGAGGCUAAUAAGAAGCUUGCUUGUUCGGUGUCGUAUUCCCCCUUUUUUAAAAUUCGGAUAAAGAAAAAAUUAUUUAUUUGAUGAAGGGCCAGAAGAUUUUAUGUCUAUCGAUGUCAAUUCGGCGACGUCGUUAAUCCGCGACAAUCAAUCAAGAAUGUGUUAAAUUGUUUUCACCGAAUUGUGAUAGAAGAGCACAAUUGGUUUUGAAUGUGAAUUCUUCUUUAAUUCUUAUACAAAACUUUACUACAAAAAAGAAUGCCAACAUCCAUGAUCUCAACAGGUUUGGCAUUCUAAAAUCCCUCGACUUUUGAUUCGAUCUGCUCUUUGAGCUUUUCAUUUCUUCUUUCCGCCUUUCUUCUUUCUAUGUUUACUUCAGUUUAUUCUGCCUCAGUUAUCACACAUGCUUUUGCAAGAAGACAUAAGUGCAUUACAAUCAUUUCGUUCAUUUUUUUUUUAAGCUUUAUCCCCCCACCCUUCAUUCUUCUUAUUGUUUUCACGGGUAUACUUAAUCCCAAAAAGGUCAACAAACUAUCAGUGGUUUCAGUGUCUUCCUCUUGCCAUUCUGUCUAUUGAAAUGCUGCACAACUCGCCCUCAGCAUCAAUUUGAUAUCCUUAUUUUUCAUCCUCUGAUGCUUUUCGCCUCGUUUCUGAACAAGGUCGAGCGUGAUCUCUCCAUUAAAAAAAAAAAAACAGGAAGAAAUUGUUCUCUAGAACUAAUCGUUUGUAUCGUGAAAAAUCUAAAUUUUAAAAAGGGUUAUUUAGAUAUUUCGGUAUUCUUUGAAGAGAAGUUGAGAUCGAGUUGAUUUUUUGGAAUGGACGUUAACUAGAUGUGCAUAAUCUAUUCAUAAUGUUGUCUCCGUUCUAUUUUCUCUUCUUUGGUUUUUGUAAUUGUCUCAACGAGGGCCAGUUGAAAAGUGCAACUUUAAGUUGUAAGAAUAUGAUAAAUACAUAAUCUAAAAACCCAGAUGUCUGGGAUUUAAAAGGCA